UGAAUGACGUCAUCAUCGCGCGCCGACAGCAACAAGCAUGGCUGUACAGAGCAGUUCGCUAUCCAAAUUGCAGUCUUUAAAUGGCAUAUUUGCCAUUUAUAAGAAGCAGGGUCCCACCUCCGCGGACGUGUUAAACUCACUGAAGAAGGUGCUUUUAAAAGAGGCAGGUGUCGCAAAUCCCAAUCCUCGCAAAAGGAAGAAUCAACCUUUAAAAAUUGGCCAUGGUGGCACCCUGGACAGCAAUGCUUCUGGUGUACUUGUGGUUGGAAUUGGUGAAGGAACAAAGAUGCUUACCACGAUGCUUGCAGGAUCAAAGAAAUACAGAGCCGUUGGAGAGUUAGGCAAAGCAACUGAUACGCUUGACGUCACAGGAAAUGUUGUCGAAGAGAAAAGUUAUGAUCACAUCACAAAAGAUGCUUUUGAAGAGAAGCUGAAGCAGUUUACUGGUGAAAUUAUGCAGGUUCCGCCUCUAUAUUCAGCACUGAAGAAGGACGGCCAGCGCAUGUCUGUACUGCUCAAGCAAGGUCAAGAGGUUGAGGCUAAACCUGCACGUCUAGUCACAGUGUACAGUCUGACUUUACAGGACUUCAGCCCGCCAUAUUUCACCUUAGAUGUUGAGUGUGGAGGUGGGUUUUAUGUCAGAAGCUUGGUUGAUGAUCUUGCAAAAGCUCUGUCAUCCUGUGCUCACAUCAAGGACCUCACUCGGACCAAGCAGGGGCAGUUCACCCUGGACGAGCACACAUUGAAGGAGGAUCGCUGGACGUGGACCGAUAUUUCACAGGCUCUGCAGCCCUGCCCAGAGCCAUCGGGGCAGCAAAAGAAUGCCAAAAAAGCUAAAUCAAAGCAUAAGUCCAUUGCAUCUAAAUCUGAGGUUGACAAUGGAGAUCAAAACGAUUAAAGGUGAUAAAACAACUUACAAAUCAUAUUUGCAGUGAGAGAACUGUUGGAAAUUGCUUGGUCCACUCCGAUUUAAUCUGGCCUUUACCAUCCGUGUGUAUUCAUCUUCAUGGCCAUGAGGAUAAAACAGGUGGCAUCAAUUGAAUUAAUGCAUCUGAAUUCACUUAAUGAAAAAAAAAAAUACUUGAAAAGUUAUUUUGUUUGUUAAUAAAUACCUAUGUAAUUAAAUUUCUUUUCUCCAGGUCAGUAAAUGUUCUUGUCAUUUACGUGUUGUUUUCAUGUUAGGUAAGAACCAUAACGUUUUGUAAUAGAAGCAAUACAUAACAAAAGAGUAAUGCAGUACUCAUGUAUUGGAAAAUAGCAAUAAAUUGCACUGUUGUUUUA